AUGUGCGGCGCCUGCGACGAAGUCAGCGGCCACGAGAUGCUGCGCCUCCAGAUCCAGACCGUCCUCCAUGCCCUCAACCUGCUCAAUGAGGGCACCUCCGCCGGCUCAGAACCCGGCGUCCACCUAGUUUUCCUGCCAACGCUAAGCAAGCUGCGGAACGGCGAUGCUUCCUUCCUGGAGUCCAUGUCAAACAGUUACCUGAAGGCUGGCGGCACCAUGCCGCUUGAGCCCAGCUUUGGAGAUCAUCAAAGGCGGCCACCGUUGAGGAGAAGACAUUACGUGCAGACAUCACAGCGCUGGCUAACCAGCUUGCAGAGCUCUAAGACAGAAGACAGCAUCGCCGUUCCGCAGGCUGGGCAGUGUUGGCAGAAUAGCCAGGUGGACGCCGGGUUUGAGCCGGCGCCGGCGGAGGUGCCCUCAUUGAGCAGGUUGAGGCCGUGGAGCACAGUCUGA